GACGUACGAGUGUUUUCGGGGGAGGAGUUCUGUCGUUCUGUGCUGUCGUUCUGUGCGUACAUGUUAACCCAGUUUUUCAACUGCCAUUUUCUUCGAAGUAAAUGAAAUUUGUGUUUAAAUGAACUAUAAAUUAUAUAUUAGAAAACAGUUUUUAUUUAUAACAAAAUGGAAAGGACAUGCUCAAUGAUUGGAUGCAACAAUACAAAUGAUAAUUUAUCAGCAGACCAUUUUUUCCAAUUUCCUAGUGACUUUGAUCUGUGUUUAACGUGGGUAGAAAAUUGUAAAACUCCUCAAAUUUUUGAAGAUUUUGUGUUCGGAGGUGCUCUACCAUGUUUGAAGAGAUUUAUGUGUUACCAUCACUUCAGCACAGAUGAUUUUGUUGAUCCUGAACGGAUAAAUCUUGGGCUAAAACCCAGCGCUGUUCCGCAUUAUUUUCCUUUAAAACAGGAUCAAAGAUGGGAGGAAUGUUAUAUCAAAGAUGAAGUGUGCUGUGAGGAUAAUGACGAAAGCUGGGAAGAUGUGAUAGAUAACGAAACGAAUGAAGUGGAUAAUUAUAUAAGGACUUGGACAGACCCCGCUACUACGACUACUCCAAAUGAAGAACAACAGGAGACUAAAUCAAGACAAAAACAAAAGGGAAAUCAAUCUGACGAAGAUCCCACACUUCGUAAGCAAAAAGAUGCCCUCAGAGCAGCUAACAGACGAAAGCAAGAAACCGAGGAGCAAAAACUACUACGUCGAUUAAAGGAUAAAACACGAUCAGCCACGAAACGAAGCAAUGAAACAGAAGAGGAGCGUCAACUUCGAAGGCAAAAAAAUGCAUUAAGAGCAGCUACCAGACGAAAAGAAGAGACAGAAGAGCAACGUGAAAUACGUCGUUUAAAGGAUAAAGCACGAUCUGCACUGAGACGAAAAAACGAAACCAACGCGCAAUCCCAAAUUCGUAAAUACAAUGACGCAGUUCGGGCCGCUUUUCGUAGAAGUCAGGAAUCUCCCGAGGAGAAAAUGAAAAGAAGGAUAUACGAUAUGCUACGAGCAGCAAAGAAACGAGGCAAUGAAACUCCAGAACAGCGACAGAAACGAUUAAAAGCGGACAGGGAAAGAGCGGCUCGACGUCGUUCCGUAAUAAAAGUUGACCCACCUACUGCGGAGGAACCUGCAAAUAAAAGUACAGAUAGUGAGCCUGAAAAGGAGAGUUCAAAACAAAUAACAGACCAAAUGAUAGAAAUGAUAAUAAACAAAAUAUUAUCGUAAUGUGAAUUAUCUAUAAAUAAAUUAUGA